AUGGUAAAGAUCAAUGUGACCCCAAUAGAAUCAGCCAGCAAUAAUAUUGUCUAUGCUUCGCCAAUCACCAAGAUAUGGACUCCAAUAUUUCCUAUAUUGUGUAGUAUUUUUGGUAUAACGGCGUUGUUUACUGGGUAAAAAUUUUAUUAUUAAAAUUCGUUUUUCGUAUUUUACAAAAAAAUCAUUUUAAAUUUAAUAGUUUUGCUUAGUUACAUUAUAGCUGUUCUGAAUGAUCAUGUAGACAAAUGGCUGCCUUUGAUUAGUGACGGAGGUGCUAUACCACCAGAAAGUUGUGUCUUCGGAUUGUUAUUGAACAUAUGUGUCUUUUUUUGUAAGUUUCAUUACGAAAACGUUAGAAAUUUUAUUUUAUCGAUUAAAAAUGGUAAAAAUAAGUCAAAAAUAAGCAAAAAAUGGCUAAAAAUUAUAGUUUUUCAAAGUUUUCUGCCAUUUUAAAUUGACAUAAAAUAAAAAUUUACAUUUUCAGGGAUUCUCACAUGCUUUUGCAUCCACAUUCAAGUACUGCAACACAUUAUGUACCACGAUCGUUUCCAUACCAAGCACAAGAACGUACUCUAUGUCAUGCUGUUCUUUGCCAUUUUAUCUGGCAUUGGAAUAGCACUAGUAGCCAACUUUCCGUUGAGUACAGUACGGCCUGUGCAUAGUUAUGGUGCUAUGGUUGGCUUUUUGUCUGGCGUUAUCUAUGCUUGGUGUUAUAUUACUUUGGUCAAGAUUCUGAAGCCCAAAGUCAUACCUAAAAAGCUGCUCAUCUUUAGGCUUCUGUUGAUCAUUUUUGUGUCAAUUGUGGUGGUUUUACGUAGGUUUAGAUCCAGGUAGAUGGUUAUGUUGAUGUUAUAGAUGAAAUAUGUCUUCAUACAACAUUUUUGGUGAAACGAACACCUGAUGGACAUGUACCACCAGUACCAUUUUGGCCAAAGUCAACUAAUAUAUUACGAUUGGAUCCUGAAAGCCCAGUAAGUCGUUUUAUUUUUAAAGUUGUGAUAGAUCAAGGGUAGGGGAGAUUAUGCAUUGUAAAAAGUAAUUAGGUUAGAAGUUAUGCUUACGGUUAUGUCUAAAACUCAACCUCAAGAUCAAGAUUAAGCUUAUUCUCAGGUUUAGUCUCAGCAUGGCUCAAGCUUAUACUUCAGCUCUAAUUUAGUCUCAGUCUUACCUACAGGCUCAAACUCAGGCUCAGCCGCUGGCUAUUACUGUGGCUAUGGCUAUAGCAGUAGCUAGACCCCAGUAUAACAGAGUUCAACGUCGCUUUUUAUUUAUUAUUUAAAAUUAAAAGUGUUAUUUUCAGUACUACACAAACUUUAUUGUUGGUCGAAUUUGUGAAUGGUCGCUGGCGGUUGGUUAUUUCAUUGUAGUUGGAUCUUUGUCAUACGAGUUGAACUACUUUGAAAUUAAAACUUUUUCAUCUGCUCAAACUAUCAAUAUUCAAAUUAAAUAA